AUGGCUGUCUCAUUCCCACCCACCCUGAGAUUCAGUUCUGCCACAGAGGAAAUUCAACACUCACAUAUUAAAUUUUCAGAUUGGAAAUUUAAGCUCUUCAGGGUGAGAUCCUUAGAAAAGACGCCUGAAGUGUCUCCAAAGGAAAAGACAGACUCCUCUGAAGGGAAGCUCUCUCUGGAGCAAUCUCCAGCAGCCCCGGACAAGGCUGGCGAUCAGGAAGCAGCCCCGAAUCAACCGGUAUUAAAAGCCUCUCCUAAGUUUUCUAAGAAAUCCCACAAUGACAGGAAAGCACGACGCAAAGCGGUCCACCAAGCCCACCUGCGCCAGCUCUGCCGCAUCUGUGGGCGUUCUUUGAAAACGGAUGGGCACAGCAGGAGAUAUCCAGUCCACGGGCCCGUGGACGCUCAAACCCAAGACCUUUUACGAAAGAAGGAAAGGAGAGUGACUUCCUGGCCAGACCUGAUCGCCAAGGUUUUCCGAAUCGACGUGAAGGCGGACGUCGACACGACCCACCCCACCGAGUUCUGCCACAACUGCUGGGGCAUCAUGCACAGGAAGCUGGGCAGCGCCCCUGGUGGAGCUUAUUUCCCCAGGCACGCAACCGUGGAGUGGUCCCCCCACACACCAUCCUGUGACAUCUGCCAUCCUGCCCAUCGGGGACUCAAAAGGAAGAGCCUUCCGCCAAAUGUGCAGCUCAGCAAGAAGCUCAAAACGGCGCUUGACCGAGCAGGACGGGCCCGGCAGCACAAGAGACUGGCUCAGGCCAGGCUCUGCAGCAAGGACGUCCUGAAGAAGAUCACCAACUGCAGUGAGAUCCAUCUUAGCACCAAGCUCCUGGCAGUGGACUUUCCGGAGCAUUUCAUGAAAUCGAUCUCCUGCCAGAUUUGUGAACACAUCCUGGCUGACCCCGUGGAGACCAGCUGUAAGCAUGUAUUUUGCAGGGUCUGCAUUCUCAGGUGCCUCAAAGUCAUGGGCAGCUAUUGUCCUUCUUGCCAAUACCCGUGCUUCCCCACUGACCUGGAGAGUCCAGUGAAGUCCUUUCUGAGUGUCCUGAACUCCCUGAUAGUGAAAUGUCCAGCAAAAGAGUGCAAUGAGGAGAUCAGUCUGGAAAAGUAUAAUCACCACGUCUCAAGUCACAAGGACUCAAAAGAGACUCUCGUGCAUAUCAAUAAAGGGGGCCGGCCCCGUCAGCAUCUUCUGUCGCUGACUCGGAGAGCUCAGAAGCACCGGCUGAGGGAGCUCAAGCUGCAAGUCAAGGCUUUUGCCGACAAGGAGGAAGGUGGAGACGUGAAGUCUGUGUGCCUGACCUUGUUCCUGCUGGCUCUGAGGGCAAGGAACGAGCACAAACAAGCUGAUGAGCUAGAGGCCAUCAUGCAGGGACGGGGCCCUGGCCUGCAGCCAGGUGUGUGCUUGGCCAUCCGCGUCAACACCUUCCUCAGCUGCAGUCAGUAUCACAAGAUGUACAGGACUGUGAAAGCCAUCACGGGGAGGCAGAUCUUCCAGCCUUUGCACGCCCUCCGGAACGCCGAGAAGGCCCUUCUGCCAGGCUACCACCCCUUCAAGUGGCGGCCGCCUCUAAAGAACGUGUCUUCCAGCACGGAUGUCGGCAUUAUUGACGGACUGUCUGGACUUUCUUCCUCUGUGGAUGAUUACCCAGUGGACACCAUUGCAAAGAGAUUCCGCUAUGACUCAGCUUUGGUGUCUGCUUUGAUGGACAUGGAGGAAGACAUCCUGGAAGGCAUGAGAUCCCAGGACCUUGAGGACUACCUGAGCGGCCCCUUCACGGUGGUGGUGAAGGAGUCUUGUGAUGGAAUGGGAGACGUGAGUGAGAAGCACGGGAGUGGGCCAGUAGUUCCCGAAAAGGCGGUCCGUUUUUCAUUCACGAUCAUGAAAAUCACCAUAGCACAGGGCUCGCAGAACGUGAGCGUGUUCGAGGAAGCCAAACCUAACUCCGAGCUGUGCUGCAAGCCUUUGUGCCUUAUGCUGGCCGACGAGUCUGACCAUGAGACUCUGACUGCCAUCCUGAGCCCUCUCAUUGCUGAGCGGGAGGCCAUGAAGAGCAGUGAACUGAUGCUUGAGGUAGGCGGCAUCCUCAGGACCUUCAAGUUCAUCUUCAGGGGAACUGGAUACGACGAGAAACUUGUCAGGGAGGUGGAAGGCCUCGAGGCUUCCGGCUCGGUCUACGUUUGCACUCUCUGUGACGCCACCCGGCUGGAAGCGUCUCAGAAUCUCGUCUUCCACUCGAUCACCAGAAGCCACACCGAGAACCUGGAACGCUACGAGGUCUGGCGUUCCAACCCCUACCAUGAAACCGUGGAAGAGCUGCGGGAUCGGGUGAAAGGGGUCUCCGCCAAACCCUUCAUCGAGACCGUCCCUUCCAUAGACGCACUCCACUGCGACAUAGGCAAUGCGGCGGAGUUCUACAAGAUUUUCCAGCUGGAGAUAGGAGAGGCGUAUAAGAAUCCCAGUGCCUCCAAGGAGGAGAGGAAAAGAUGGCAGGCCACGCUGGACAAGCAUCUCCGGAAGAAGUUGAGCCUGAAGCCCAUCAUGAGAAUGAACGGCAACUUUGCCAGGAGGCUCAUGACCAAGGAGACGGUGGAGGCCGUCUGUGAGUUGAUACCUUCCGAGGAGAGGCACGAGGCUUUGAGGGAGUUGAUGGACCUCUACCUGAAGAUGAAGCCCGUGUGGCGGUCAUCGUGCCCGGCUAGAGAGUGUCCAGACUCCCUCUGCCAGUACAGCUUCAACUCACAGCGUUUUGCAGAGCUGCUCUCUACCAAGUUCAAGUAUCGCUACGAGGGCAAAAUCACCAACUAUUUCCACAAGACGCUGGCGCAUGUCCCUGAAAUCAUCGAGAGGGAUGGCUCGAUUGGGGCUUGGGCCAGCGAGGGCAAUGAGUCUGGCAACAAACUGUUCAGGCGCUUCCGGAAAAUGAAUGCCAGGCAGUCCAAGUGCUAUGAGAUGAAAGACGUCCUCAAACACCACUGGCUGUACACCUCCAAAUACCUGCAGAAGUUUAUGAAUGCUCACAAUGCCUUCAAAAGCUCCGGGUUUGCCGUGAACUCACAGGCUAGUUUAGGGGAACCCCCAGGCACGGAGGACUCUCUGGAAAGCCAAGAUUCAAUGGAAUUCUAAGAAGGGCAACCACUUAUGUGUUGGUUUUUGCAAUUGAGUUUUCCUCUGGGCUGCACCGAGGGCCUCUGCCAGCACCCUUCACUGCUGUGGGC